AUGAGCGAGGAGGAAAUUCUCGAGAAGAUGGCCAGACAGAUGGCCACGGCAAAAAAAUGGGCAACAGAGAACGACGAAGUGAAGCAGACAAAAGCUUGCCUGGGGGAGCUGAGAACUCUGGUUACGGACUACAAGAAAGAGAACAACAAAAAAGAAGCCCAGGCCAAGAAACUCGCGAAGAAGAAAGAUGGUAAAGCGGCAGACAAAGGAGAUGGCCACCUCGUGCGUCCAGACACCUUGGACUGCGUUGCUUGGAUGGCCCGCGAAAUGCGCAAGAACGAGAAGAUGGCCAACAGCCACGUGUCCUACAGCAGCGCAGUGAUUGGCCGCGACCAGGUGAACAAACAGGUGAUAAGAUGGCUGUGGAAGUCAGUUCCUGAGAUUGCUGAGGAGCGUUUGGCAGUGCCAAGCGAGCAGCAGUUGAAGGACAUUUGGCAAGCCCAGUUCGGACAGGUGUGUCCUGGAAAGGGCAGCGUGUGUCUGGGAACAGGCUUCAGCCUGCCAGAGCUGACCGUGUUGCUGGAGGGAUCCGACUUGUUCCUGCAUGGUUUCCCCUUUGAAAAACCUGUGUCGCUGGAAGACAUGAAAGGGUUGACAGCCAAGGAAUACCUUGACAAGUGCACGUGGCAUGUGCACCUGAAGGUUGGCCACGGCCUGCUGCUGCCUCCAAACCACGUGUUCAUGGUGCUGAACCCGGG